AGGAAUCCUCCGGUGCACGUUGGGGUGAUAAGGCAGCAGUGCGUUGCAGGCGAUGUCCUUGGAGGUGACCGGGCCGACCACAGGGAUGGUACUAGAGCUCUAUGUCUCGGAUCGAGAGGGAAAUGAUGCUACAGGUGAUGGAACCAAGGAGAAACCUUUUAAAACAGGUCUAAAGGCUUUGAUGACGGUAGGAAAAGAGCCCUUUCCCACCAUUUACAUAGAUUCACAAAAAGAAAAUGAGAGGUGGGAUGUUAUUUCUAAAUCACAGAUGAAGAACAUUAAAAAAAUGUGGCAUAGGGAACAAAUGAAGAGUGAAUCCCGGGAAAAGAAAGAGGCAGAAGACAAUUUGCGAAGAGAAAAGAACCUGGAAGAAGCAAAGAAAAUUACCAUCAAAAACGAUCCAAGUCUCCCAGAGCCAAAAUGUGUGAAGAUUCAUGCACUGGAAGGAUACAGAGGCCAAAGAGUAAAGGUAUUUGGCUGGGUCCACAGGCUGCGUAGGCAAGGAAAGAAUUUAAUGUUCCUAGUGUUGCGGGAUGGUACGGGUUAUCUUCAAUGUGUCUUGUCGGAUGACUUGUGUCAGUGUUACAAUGGAGUAGUCUUGGCCACCGAGAGUAGCAUUGCAGUCUAUGGGAUGCUAAAUCUGACUCCAAAGGGCAAGCAGGCUCCCGGUGGCCAUGAGCUGAGCUGUGACUUCUGGGAACUGAUCGGGUUGGCCCCUGCCGGAGGAGCUGAUAACCUGAUCAACGAGGAGUCGGAUGUUGAUGUCCAGCUCAACAACCGACACAUGAUGAUCUGGGGAGAAAACAUGUCCAAGAUCCUGAAAGCACGUUCCGUGGUCACUAGGUGCUUUCGAGAUCACUUCUUUGAUAGGGGAUACUAUGAAGUUACUCCUCCAACGUUAGUGCAAACACAGGUGGAAGGUGGUGCUACGCUCUUCAAGCUGGACUAUUUUGGGGAAGAGGCAUUUUUGACUCAGUCCUCUCAGUUGUACCUCGAGACCUGCAUUCCGGCUCUGGGAGAUGUGUUUUGUAUUGCACAGUCAUACCGGGCGGAACAGUCCAGAACACGAAGGCACCUGGCUGAAUACACACACGUGGAAGCAGAGUGCCCUUUCCUGACCUUUGAGGAGCUCCUGAAUCGAUUGGAGGACUUGGUUUGUGAUGUGGUGGACAGAGUCUGGAAAUCACCUGCAGCAAGCAUAGUGCGCGACCUCAACCCGAACUUCAAGCCCCCCAAACGGCCUUUUAAGCAAAUGAACUAUUCAGAUGCUAUUGUGUGGCUGAAAGAACACAACAUAAAGAAAGAAGAUGGAACUUUCUAUGAAUUUGGAGAGGAUAUCCCAGAAGCUCCUGAGAGACUGAUGACGGACACCAUUAAUGAGCCCAUCUUGCUAUGUCGAUUUCCCGUAGAGAUCAAGUCCUUCUACAUGCAGCGAUGUCCUGAGGAUUCCCGCCUUACAGAAUCUGUGGAUGUGUUGAUGCCAAAUGUUGGUGAGAUUGUGGGAGGCUCAAUGCGUAUCUGGGAUAGUGAAGAAAUGCUGGCGGGUUAUAAAAGGGAAGGGAUUGACCCCACUCCCUACUACUGGUACACAGAUCAGAGAAAAUACGGCACAUGUCCUCAUGGCGGAUAUGGCUUGGGCUUGGAACGAUUCUUGACCUGGAUUCUGAAUAGGUAUCACAUCCGAGACGUAUGCUUAUACCCACGAUUUGUCCAGCGUUGCAAACCAUAACUGAUUCCUCCAGAAACAUUAAGCAAAGAAUACAGUUUAUGAAAGGAACAGACUGCCUCUUUCAAAAAAAAAGCCAAAAUCUUCCCUUUUUUAUUCCAUUCAUGUUUAUCUAUUUCUUUUUUCUCUACCACCAAAAGCAAUCCAAAUCAUUUGAAUAUCAAGUAACAUCCAUAUUGUCUUUGGUUUUUUUUGGUAUUGUCAUUUAAAAAAACAAUAUCCAUCAGAAAGUUUGGGGGAAACAUGUGGCAUGUAACACUACAGUUAUAAAUCCAUUUCAGCAUUUUUAUCUAAUUAUAGGUUAUAAUUUUUGCAUCAUUUAUGCCGCAUAUAUACUUAAACAGGUUUUAAUUAUGGACUAAGACAUUCCAGUAACUUAAUCGUUUCGUCCUGUUAAGUGUAACUGGAAUUCUUUAAUUUAUGUCAUUUUAUUGUAUCCAUGAGUUAGAACAUCUUGGGGGAAAAUUAACAGUGUGGUGUAAAAAUCUGCUAGUAUUAGAACAAUGUGAUUCAAUAAUAGAUACUGGAAUCAAACACACUUUUGCAUUGGUUAUUAAUCUUUUCUAAUUGUGUAGAGCUGCUUAUAAUUCUGAAGCAUAUGAAUUGGUGUGGAAGAAUUUGUAAAAAUGGAAUUGCCCUAAACAAUUUGAAGCUACGGCAAAAAAAAAUUUUUUUUUUUUGCUUCCUAGCGUUAGGUUAAGCUAAAGAGGCAGUGAGCUUCCCUCUUUCCUGGUAAUUUCUAAGUAAUUAAGAAUAAAUAAAUUCCGAAAGAAUUUGCAGCUGGAAUCUUAAUGACAAUUGUACGUGGCUGUCUGAGUCUUCCCACACUGUGUCUUUAGAUCUAAUCUGUGUUACCUUAUUAACUCCUAGCAGGCUUAUUGAAUGCCUUCAUUUCAGAUUUGGUUAAUUUCUCUCCCAAAAUGCAUGUCAUGUAUUCUCAAUAGGCUGUAUUCCCAGCAAUCAAUAAAUGGACACACAUAAAAAC